AUGUCAUCGCCAUCGAAAUCUCCUAACACGCAGAGCAACAGCACUCUGUAUUUGGUUGGCAUUCCAACGGAAGAAAACACAAUUCUGGAACUGUGUAAUUAUUUUGGAAAAUUUGGCAAAGUGUUGAAUGUUGAAGUGGCCCACAACGGUGAUCCGAGUGCUUCGAAAGUGACAUUUGCCACAAAUGAAGAGGCCAGUGCGGCUUUCGACAGUCCCGAAGCCGUGCUCAACAAUCGAUUCAUCAAAAUGUCGUGGAAUUCAUCACAAGCCAACGCAGCCGCAGCAUCAAUGGCAAAAGCAUCAGGCGAUAAAGAUGAAUGCAAGCGAUCGGAAGAAAAAGACCAGGACUUCAAGCAUGUUUCGAUGAAAUAUGACUUAUUGGUGAAGGAAAAAGACCGACUUGAUGCCAAAUUGAAUGGUAAAAAAGAGCUGCAGGAGAACAAAAAGCGUUUGGCCAACGAAAUUGCGUUGCUCAAGCAAGAAAAUAAACAAUUGAAGGACUCGUUGCACCAGGUGGAAAAAGAGAAAAAUGAAAAACAGUCGAAAAUUGAUACGUUUGCCGAGAAAUUCUCAGCUUUGCAAGAUGAAAAGAACAAAGUUGUCGACACGUUAAAAGAUGAGUGCAAGAGACUGGGCGAAAAAGAUCUGGACUUUAAGCGUAUUUCUGCGAAUCAUGAACUGUUGUUGAAGGAUAAAGAGCGGCUUGACAUCAAAUAUUCAUCGCUCAAGCGGGAGUACAAAGAUUUGAAUGAUAUCUUAAAUCAGCAGACGAAACAAUAUGAUGCGAUGAGAUCGGAAUUCAACUGCUUAAAUGGAAAAGUGACGUCGUUGCAAGUGGAAAAAGAAAAUAUCGAAGAAUUUCUCAAAGUCAAAUCCAAGCAAUUGGAAGAAAAGGAGAUGGAACACAUGCGAAUCUCAACGAAAUACGAAUGGCUUAUGCAGGAAACUGAACGCGUUGACAACGAAUUAAUUACGCUAAAGCGGAAAAAUGAAGAUUUAAAUGAUUCAUGUAAUGAGGUCAUGGAACAGCGUGACUUUGAGCAGUCAGAAGUGAUGUCAUUGAAUGAGAAAUUGAAAACGGUACAAAGCGAACGAAAUAAUCUUUCUGAGAAGUUACAAGAAAAAUGUAAGCAGUUCGAAGAAAAGCGAUGGGAAGUUGAACAGUGGUCCACAACGUUUCAAACUUUGACGAAGGAUAAGAAUCAGAUGGAAGACGAGAUUCAAGCGUUCAAGCGAAAAAUCCAUGUGUUGAGCGAUGCUCUGGCUCUCACGGAAAAGGAUAGAGAUAAGCGACAGUCGAAAAUUGAUACAUUGAACGAGAAACAGCAAGCACAGCGCAGUGAAUUGGAAAAAGCGGUCGACACUUUAAAAGAUGAACGCAAACGUUUGGAGAACAAAGAGUUGGAUCUGAAGCGAAUCAAUACGAUGUAUGAAUUGCUAUUGAAAGAGAAAGAGCGCUUAGGAAUCGAACUUCAAGGUGAAAAGGGGCGGGCAGCAGAGAAAGAUACGGAAAUUUCGUUACUCAAGCGAAAAAAUGAUAUGCUGAACAAUGCUUUGUGUGUCGUUGAAAAGGAGAAAAAUGUGGCACAGUCGGAAAUUGGCACAUUGAAUAAAAAACUACACACAUUGCAAAUGGAAAAGGAACAGAUUAUUCAAUCCCUAAAAGAUGAAUGUAAACGUGCGGAAGAAAGAAGCUCGGAAAAAGAACUCGGAAUCAAACGUGUCAAUGCUAAGUACGAAAUAUUGUUAGGUGAAAAAGAACGCAUUGACAAUGAAUUGAAAGGCAAACGAGAGCUUCUCAGAGAAAACGAACGCAUGAACACCGAAAUCCAAAUGCUUGGCAGAAAAUGUGAAGACUUGAACCACUUGAACCAGAAUCUGAGCGCAACGGUUAAACAACGGGACAAAGAACGUUCGGAAAUCACCAAAUUGAAUGAUAAAUUGAGACAAUUGCAAAUCGAUACCGAAAAGGUAGUUAGAGCUCUCAAAGAUAAAUGCAAGCAAGUCGAAGAAAAAGAAGCCGAAGUCAUGCGAUUCACAAAAAUGUACGAGAUGUUGUUGUCGGAAAAGGAACGCGUUGAAUGCGAGCUCAAAGCGAAACAUGAUAGGGCCAAUGAAACAGUUGUUCGUUUAACCGAGGAAAACAACAAGUUGGUUGAAGAAUUACAAAUCAAAGAACAACUGCUCCACAACAUCAAAAGUACGUUCAAUAUAUUGACUCCAAAGAAAUUCCAAUCGACACCGAAAAAGUAGCCAUUGCAACGUCGUACCGAAAAUUCCAACUUACCAAUCAUGGUGAGCCAAAAAUCCACUCAAGAGGAACGACAAAGAAAACGAAAAAAAACACAAAGCUCAUUAACUGCCAUAAGACCACUUCUGCCAAUGUUGGGGAUUGAACGAAAAAAAUUCUUCGAAUUUCUUCUCUUCAGUAGGUUGAUAAACUCAGGAAGUUUAUCAGCACAUUUAAUUUAGUUCAUUUUUAUGUCAUUUAUUUUGGCUUCAUUUUUUUAUAUUUUGCUAAAUCCAAGAUUUUAUUGAAUUUGUUGUAAUGAACAAAGAGAUAUGUUAUUAGAGCUAGAUUUUAUAGAAUGUUCAUUUUUAAAAGAUUUAAUAAUGAGGAAAAAAUUAAAUGGAAAAUAGUCAUAGAAUGACUAAGUAUUUUAUACUUUUAUAA